AUGGAGGGGGUUCUAUGGAAAUGGACAAAUUACUGGAAUGGUUGGCAAACCAGAUGGUUUGUUUUAGACAAUGGAAUAUUAUCAUAUUAUAAGUCACAGGAAGAAGUAAAUCAGGGAUGCAAAGGUUCAGUGAAAGUAUCUGUUUGUCAGAUAAAUGUUAAUACUAUUGACAACACUCGAUUAGAUUUAGUUAUACCUGGACAACAACAUAUGUACCUGCGGGCCCCUUCCCCACAAGACAGGCAAAAGUGGCUUGUGGCAUUGGGUAGUGCAAAAGCAUGUGUUGAUUCAAUCAUAGAUUUAAAAGGUCUGGGACAAGAAGACUCCUUAAGCCACAAGAAAUCUGAAUUACAUUUAUACUGUGAUUUAUUAAUGCAACAAGUACAUGCUGUAAAAAGUGCAGCAACAGCAGAGGGAGGGCCCGAAAUACAAAAAAUUGAAGAUGCAUCCAGUCUAUUGACUGCAACAUGUGAUACAUUUAUCAGAACACUGGAAGAUAUAAUGAAGCUUACUAAUAAUUCUGGAGCCAAUUCUAAUAUCUUUGAAAUGCCAGUUCCUAACUUAACUAUUGUAAAAAAUAAUACAAACUCAAACAAAUUAGCUACUUCUAGUAAAAUUUCCAAAGUUAAUGUUAGUAGAUCUAUGUCUCAAGAAAACAGA